UGUUGUUCCAAGAGCGGAGGAGAAAGGGCAACAUGCCUUGGUGGUGGCGUGCGAGUCCAUGGGUCGUCAAGACACGAGCGAAGAGCACGUACGUGGAGCGCCAAGAGUCCGGAACGGGACUGUCCAUCCGGCAUCCGUGGAAGCGCGUGGUGGCGGCGAUGCUCCUGCUGGGCCUCAACAGCCUCGUGCACUUGGUGAACCCCGUGGCGAUGUCGCGCGCGCCCGUGUCCAUUCCUGUGUACGGGACCGCGUUCAACUUUCUCUGUCGACCAACGUUGCUCGACGAUACCCUCGGGACUGUGACGAUUCGAGUGUCGUUGGCGGUCUUGACGAUUGUCCUUGGAGGCAUCUUCUCGCGUGCCGUCGUAUUUCCCCUCCUUCGUCGCUACCUGUCCAUGUUUUCAUCUGGCCAUGCUGAACUCGGACGAGUCGAAUCUAUCAAGAUGAGCGGCGGUCUGGUGGCGUCCUCGCAUCGCACGGUGCAUGCAUUCGCCAACGGCGGCCGGCCAUAUACGAUCCAAGUGUACAUUGGAUCAACGUCGCAAGGGUCAUGGACAGUCAUGUUGUGUCUCAUGCCGUUGAUCUUGUCCGUUGUCGCGACCAUCUUCAACUUGUUUGUACCUGCCACCCUCCACGUGACGUCCGUGCUUCCCGUGCGAUACGUCGACUUGUACCCGGCAGUGCGAGCGUACGUGUUGAUAUGGAACGGCCUCGUGCUGUUUUGCACGUGGGAUGUGAUGCUGCAAGACCACAUUCGCUGCGACACUGUAUUUGACAACUGGAUGUUUACGUUUCGCUGGCACGUGUGGCGCCACCAGUGGGUCCGCAUCUCGUGCUUUUGGCUCGUUGUCGCAACCCUCGUCGCAUACGCCGCCGUGGGCCUCCCGCCCGUGCAUGCCGCCCUCACCCAACGCUUCCUAGACCACGUUUCCACCGACUUGUACUUUAACGAGUCGUGGCGCGCCGUCUUCAGCGGGGCCGUGGUCAUGCUCGAUGUCGUGAUUUUGAUGCAAGACUGGGACUUCCCCACCGCCGCGUCACCCAGCCAUGUGUUUAUCCCUGGCUUCGCCUCCAACGUCCUGAGCAUUCGAACGCAUCGAUUUCAACUCGCGUUUACGUGCAAAUGGAUCGUUGCCACCUUGAUUAUGGUCAUGAUGCCGCUGGACGUGUGGACUUUUGUACAGCAACUCAACUACACCCCAACCGAAUACGGCCAACUGGUCGUGGCCUCCACCCUCCAAGUCGUAUCUAUGACUAACACGACGGCGCUCGAUGCCCUUGCAUGUGGACCGCUUUGCUACCGCCACCCGCUUCCCGUCGACGCGGACGUCGUCGCGACGCUUGGCCGGUUCUUUUCGUGGCCCAUCGAGGACAAGUUCCCCGCCGUGUGUUUGGUGGCGUACGUUGUCUUCUUGUGCAUCCGCAUGGUAGUGAACGAAGACAGCCGGUUUGUCGUAUCGAGUCAAAUGCAAGGCGUGAAACAAGCCAUGUACCGCCGCCAGCUCGACAGCGCGACGUUGCCGCCCCAUGCAGUGCUAGACUUGGUGCGCCUCGCCGAUAUCAAGCGCUACUACUGGCUUCGACGACAUUCGGACGAUAUUUGCGUCGGCCUGAGUCUCUUUGGUCUUGUGAUGAUGCUGCUGCAACUGCGAUGUAUUUGGCAAGUGCAAGUGAUGUUUGCCACUGAAACGUACCCCUCCAACAUGGUGUCGACACCUGGGCAAACAUAUGCGCUGCUGAUCUUCAUUUCCACGCUGUUGCUCGUGUUUGAACUGGUCCGUCGGUUCCGCCUCACGGUGGACAUUUUGAAACUGCGCCAAAAACUGGCGCCCACCACGACCAUGUGGCGGCACCCUCGCAUUCGUGCGCAAGUUGCUGUCGAACUGAUCGUCAAUAUGGCGAUUGUGCCUCCGUUUGUCACGGGAAUGUUUGUCGUCAACGAGUACCAGAUGCGCGCCUCAACCUGCCCGCCCCCGCUGGUGCGAGAAGGAGCCGAUAGGUGCUACCUUGUGCUGCAGUAUCCGUACGAAACCCUGGGCAUGAUCAUGUUCCUGCGACUGUACUGGCUCGUCCGUCUCGUGCGCAACCACUCGGGGUUCUACGGCCAGCGCGUCGACUUUAUCGGGUCGCUCAACAACGUCAGCACCGACUCGCCGCUGUGGCACUUUCGAGCGAUUUUUUACCACCAUCCCGUGUUUGCGUUUUUAACUUGUACGAUCCUCACGUGGGUCGCUACGGCCGUGGGGGUGUCUGUGAUGGAGCGGCCGUUGCCGUCGCCAUUGGACAGCGAAGUCACGGCCAUGUGGAUGGUGAUUGUGACCAUGGCUACUGUCGGGUAUGGGGACUUUGUGCCGCGGACGAUGGCAGGUCGGGUGAUUACAGUCGUGGGCGGCAUUGUAGGCGGCGUCAUCGUCAUUUCGAUGCUCACGUCGCUGUUCAUGGGGUCACUGCAAACCACCCGCGGCGAAGACAAGGUGCUUCAUGUCGUACGGUACAAGCGAUGGCAGCGCCGGCGCCUGGACGCGUCGGUCAACUUGAUUGCCGCGGCGUGGAAACUCUUCAAGUUGCGUCGUCGCUCCAGUUCCAAAUGUCCUCUGGACGCCACCGCCCACCGCCGGCUGUACGAAUGCAUGCAACAUGUGCGCGAGUUGCGCUUGGGGGUGGUCACGGAAGGCGAAGACACGGUCGGGUUGGUGCGCCAGUGGCAUCGAGAAUCGAUUGAACCGAUACUUGCCCAAACCAAUGCCCAGCGCAACAAGACCGUGGACGAGUUGGAACACAAGAUCCACCAAAUACGAGAUUUGGCCCAUGUUAUCCAUGAGAUUCGAUCCAGCGGUCGCAAAUAACCCACACGAAACGUCAUACGUACCGUUGUGGGGAAUGUGUGUGCAAGGCAUAUAUAUAUAUAUAUAAUGUAUAUUGGGACGUUUUAGCCUUUGUUGUUGAAUGUGUGCAUGCGACAUAGCUUGGCACAUUCCGUCAAGUACUUGUCGCCUUCGACUUCGUUGCCUUUCCAUUUCUCCAGCUGUCCCAGUUGAGUCAACGCCUGGGCCUCUUGCUUCCACGCGUCCGUGUUGUCUGUUCAUUCAUCAUAUUCUACUACAAAAUAUACAAAUAUAUAUAUAUAUAUAUUGAUUGUACUUGG